CGAGCGCUUGCGAGUUCGAGGUGUGCAAGGACACAGGGCGCAAGAGGGUAGCUAGAAAGGGCAAAAUGCUGGCAUGUAAAGUCGCAAUGCCUCAGAUUAGAGGAAUUGGAAUGCGAGCCGGGGUCAGAGAUGCCCGCCACGUGUAGCUUAUGCCACCACAUUUUCACUCUAUCUUUGCAACAGACAUUUCCACGCUGCGCUCGCCGGCCAGGUCAAGCUCCUCCAACCGCUCGUCCCACAUACCACCUCGUCUGCCCAGCUACAUUUCGCCUCAUCCGAUCCUGAGUCUGGAAACAUGCGCCUCGCCACCGCUCUUGAGUCAAACGGACAAUAAAGGUCCUUCAUUGGCGAUUCGAACAAGACUAGGUUGUCUAUUCGUCAGCAUCGUCAAGCCCACACGACAAGAGAGGGAAGCGGGAUGCGCAGAAUGGGUCCUUUUCAGAACCGCUUUUGUCUCUUCCCGAAGCACGAGCGCAAGCGCGAGCGAGAAUGGAUACGUGUCGAGGAUGGAGAACGCUUCGCCAUCCCUUGCCAACUUGGGAUUAGGACUGGGCUUGGAUACGCAACAGCACGUCAUGGAUUAUGCGUUGGGAACCAGAUCCGUAGUCGAUCGUCCGUUGCUCAUACAUUCGAGGUACAAUGUGGUGGAUGUGCAUUUUCAUCCUUCGAUCAAGGAAAAGGCACUGCUUGUGGAUGAGCGGGGCGAUGUGGGAUUGCUGAAAUUGGGUGACGCGGCCUCACUACGCAGACCUAGGAGACCGGAUGUAUCGCUCGACUUUACGAGCAGAGUAGAUGCGCCGCUACGUCAUUCUGGCAAUCCCGAGAUUCGCUCAGAUAGAUCGCCAUCGAGAUCCAGAUCCAGAUCGCACUCUACUUUGCCCAGACGGAUGCCCUGGAGCACCGUGCGGAGAAAGGACGAUACGUGGUACAGGGUAUGUUGGAAAAGUGAAAGCUCGUCGAUCUCGUCCACAGCAGACUUGGGCACGCUGCGGUCGGGUGAGGAGGCGGAUGAUGAGGAGAGAGGAGCGGACGAGGAGUAUGAGCAGAGUUUAGGGGAGGAGCCUGCUGGAAAGCAUCGUCGCGUGAUUGAGGAUCAGGCUAUCGUUGCUAGUCGAUACGAGAUCGAGAGCGUCGAUUGGCGUAGCCCGACCCGUACUCUUCUAGCCACAGCUCAACCUCAGCAUCUCGUUGUGCGCACAGAGCAAUUCACUUCUGUCUUGGCAGAGAGUGAUAGGCCUCUUUUAUGGGCCAGCACGACGCAAAGCGUGAGACUGUACGAUACCAGGCGAUCCGACGUCGCACUGCUAGAUUGGGCUCACCAUCGUGGAGAAGAUGCCAGCUUGACGCUGGGAGCUAUGCCGGAUCAACGUCGCGGCGGGAUCAGCGCCGUACUGAGUUCUCAGAGGGAUCGAUAUCUGCAAGUAUAUGAUGCGAGGGAAGAAAUGGUGCCGGGUGCAUCUCCGGAUGAUUGGAUCAGAGCUAGCACGACGGGCAUGCCGACGUUUUUGGAAUCGUGCCUUAAGCGCGCAGAAGCUAGAUCUCGAUACGUGCCGCUGUUUGUGCGCACUUCGACGUUGGGCAAGCCUUGGACCCAGCAAGACGAUGCGCGUGUACAGCGUGUGGACAUGGAAGAAGAUGAGAAUGCCAACGUGCACGAGAGACGGCCUGAGGAAGGAAAAUCGUUCGCGGACAGGGUGGGGAGCGUACUCUGUGUGCAGCUCGAUCGGGAUGGCGCGGUAUACGCACGUGGGUACAGCGAAGGCCUACAUGACAAUACUGCGAGCGAGGUGCGAAUCGAGCCCGGAAGCAAUGGUCGCUCUCGCGCCGAAGAUAGCCAUGCGCAAGAGGAGGAUGGAAUGAGCGCAUGCGAGAUCUCCAGCUCGGACAAAAGCGAGGCAGACUCAGCCGCUUCGCCGCAGGCCUUUGAGAAAGACUUGCUCGCGUUGACAUCGAGCUCACACCUCGAACUACCGAUAGACUUGCAGGACGGCGUCACGCGAUCCAGACUUUCCGAUCGCCGAGAGGGCGGUCUUCCCAGCGGCACCUCGACACCUAUCUAUGACUUUUCCCCACUUUUCAGAGCCCUUUUGGUUGAAGCGCAGAACAAGGCUGCCCGCGAAGCCAACAAGACGUAUCCAAUGGGGGCAAGAAAGCUGUGGAAGUCCAACAGUGGCGCCACGUUUGAACGGUUGCAAAGGGCUUGUACGAUACUGCAAGAUCUGCCUCUGGAUGCAGGUAUGGUCACUAUGGCCGAGGUGUACAGUCGCACGACUCGCUUGGACGUGGAGGAAGAUGCCUCCGUCGAGGCAGUGUUCAUGCGUGACGAGUCGUCAUUGGACCCCUCGGCGCUCAAUGCUGCCAUCCUUCUAAGGCCCGAUCACGGGCAAUCGAGCAGAGGCGCAUCCAUCACAUCUCGACAUGCUCAACUAAGACUCUUUGCAAGUCGCCAAAAGCUUGCGGCUUUCUUCAAUGCUUUCGAAAGGGACUUGUGGACCUGCACCAGCAUGCCGGGUCUUUUGGGACAUUUGUUCUGCCCCGAAAUGAGAUUGAUCGAGGAGAAGAAGCGGGCAAAGGAAAGGAGGAGGGUUGGAGAGCACGAGGGAUUUCUGAGAGAAAGGUCAGGCUCGGGACCUAGAUCCCGAUCUAGGUCCGUCUCGCUUCAUGCAUCUGGCUCCUCGUCCCACGAUCAGACCAGGUUUGACCUUGUUCAGCAUAUCAACCAGGUGGCGGACGAGAUCGCGCAACGACGCCAUGUUGAAGGACACGUCAAAGGAGUCGACGCCGUCUCGCAAAGCGUCCGCACUUCGGCUGCUCAAGUUGCGUUGGACCUCUGGGCAGCAAGUCAAGUUGGCAGCAGCAAACGUGUCCAGGUGCCUCUGCCGCAUGACCUGCAGGAAGAGCUACAACGACAAUGGGAAGAUGAGGCAGGGCAAGCCCGAGCUUUGGGCAGCAGACCAUCUCUCGCUCAGAGCAUCGAGGAAAUGAUGUCCAGAAUGGAGCACGGACAAGCUGACUCUACGCGAAGGCGGGAGCAGGCAGGAGAUUUGCAAGCACUUGCACAUGCUACACAAGCUGGGCAGGCGCACGGGAAUGGAUCUACAGAACCUCCGCCGGUACGAUUCGCCUUCUUGACGCCUCGCGUCUCUUCGACCAGAGCAGCACAAGGUGGAGGUACGACGACGCUUACGGCUCGUCUGCUUCUGCAAGAUUGGGAAGUAGGGACGCAUCCUGCCGAGUACGAAUGGCGCAAUCCUUACGCUUCGAUCGACGGGGAAGAGGAGACGGAUGCGGAAGCUGGUCUGUCUAGUGGGACGGAAUUUGUCGCUUCGUCAAGAAGACGCUCCGCAGCGCCGUCGGCUUCGAUGGCACCGACGGACUGGGAUCGCGUACCUUUCAGAUCAGAUGCGAUCGGACCUAGAUCUAGCCUGGAUACUUUGAGCAGGCGCGUUCCCGCUGCUUUGCCACAGUCCCAAGUACACGCGAGAUCGGAAACGGUGGCGCAAAGCGCACCUUAUUCGUCCACACAGCCUUUGCCUGCUUCAUCAGGCUGGAGCGCCAAACUUCCACCUGUGCUCAGUGCACGUGCAUCAUCUGGAGUUGCUGCAGCCCCAUCGCCCAAUCAAACGCCAUCGUUGCCGCAGACCCAGUCUCAGGUACCUGGUGUCAGCCAGUCAAGGAUUGCUUCGCAGACACCCAAACCGUUCGGAUCCCAAAGGCUCGCCUCGCAGAAGCCCAAGGGUAGAAGGAGCGGCUUUUGAUCAGCAGGACGAAAGAGGCUCAACAGACCUCGCACGUGGUAGGAUGGGGCGCACAUGCUGUAGAAUAAGGAUCUUUACUUUCCAAUGUUCUCGCCUCUUGUGCUCCUUUUCACGUGUGCAUUUCAUCACGCAGCAGCAGCAGUAGGAAUGUCGCGCUGCUUGGCUUGCAUCGGUUAUCGUGCUUUCAAAUGCCAACGAACGCUGCAGACCCACUCCCUCAAGAAUGCCGGCCUGGACCUGAUGGCCCGCUGCGGACCCUACUUUGCUUGUACCCAUGCCUUCCUCGUGACUCACACUCUGACUGAACACAUGCCACCUACUCGACGAUUGCCAAAG